AUGUGCCAGAGCGACCAUGCUGAGAAGGACGCGAGGGGCAUAGUUCCUGAGUGCUGGCAGGGAGGUGGUGAAACCACCCGCGGGAAGGGGCAGCUGACUAUUCUCUCUCUUCUGGCUGUUAUUUGUGAAGAAAUUGUGGAGGAUUGUAUGAAGUGUGGCGGACUUUACUUCUUUGAAUUCACAAGCUGCAGUGCCUGCCUUAUGAGCCUCCUGAUCCUGUGUGUGUAUUGCACUGAUGUAUAUGAAACGUUUGGGGAAGAUAAAAUCAAGAGAGUGAAUUUUUGGGCCAUGACAGCCAUAGGUGUCUGUUUUCUGAUAGCAUCAAUAGUGUUUGCUGCAACUAGCUCUGGGUCUGCUGUUGAAACAGCUGCAUGUGUGUUUGGAUUUCUUGCAAGUGGUGCAUUUUUAGCUGAAAUUAGUAUAGAGCAUUUUCACAGUCGAAAACAAAAUGUCGAUGGACGCUCUGAAAAUUCUGGCAACACUCAAGGUGCUACAGAACAUCAGCCAUUGAAUAAACAAAGCUAA